AUGUCACAUACUGAGCCUGCACUCUCAUUACCAUCAAAGUCGUGUGCAAAUUCAUUCGGUUUGCAAUUGAUUUCGACAGUAUCCGCAAUCGUGGCGUUUGGGUUUAUACUGGUACUACCUUCGUAUCUUCGAGUCACCAAUCAAUCCUAUCACAUUGUUUUUGGGUCGGUCAGCUCUAUAGACCAGUACUUUCUUAUAUACUAUGUCGCACCUCUGGGUAUACUUACUACAGCCAUGUACAUCAGAUGCUGGAACAACGAUGCCGAUGUUGCCAACGCACUCUGUUGCUCUAAACCCAAUCAAGUACCUUCUAGAUUUUGGAUACCCCGUUGGAAAAUCAUGUCUAGGCUUAGCAAUGCCUUUUCUGCUUGCUCAAGUGGUGAUAUCCUAUUAGGAUCCAUGGUGGUGCUAUCCAAUGUGCUAUGGCUGAUUGUUCCCAUUAUCAUCAAGGUUCUCAUGUAUCCAAACGGAAAAUUGCUUUCUACUCGAGGAUUUUUAAACCAUAUUUCUAAUACUGCAGCCAUGACUGGAGUAUGGGAUGGUGGUCUUGCAAUCGUUUUUGCUGUACGAGAAAACUUGGCUGCAAAGGCACUUUUGGGAAAUGAUGCUGGACAGUACCAUCGAGGAAUCAAGUACCAUAUUGUUCUUGGAUACGCGAGCUUUGGUUUUAUUAUCUAUCAUGCAAUACACUUCUUGGUGCUGUACACUGUAGAAGGCAAUCUAGCGUACAAAAUACUUCCCUGGCUGAGCAACAAGGCGUAUACCAACUCGAUGGGCAUCAUUUCUUGUCUUUCGUUAAUUUUGAUGAUUAUUUCAUCCAUCUUUAAAGCCCGACGAUCAAGCUAUCGCAUUUUUUACUGGACGCACCAGCUGUACAUUGCAUUUUUACUUUUUGCCAUUGUGCAUGCAUAUCAAUCUAUAUACCCUUUGAUUGCUCCAUUGCUAUACUUUAUCUACGACCGUAUUUUGCCGCGCUUAAAGACAUCAAGAAACACCACGGCUAUCAUAACCAAGGUAUCUUCGGAUAUUGUCAGAGUAGACAUUCCGAUCCUAGCUGAAUUUAAGCAAACUAGCACCUAUGCACCAGGAGAUUGGAUUAAUCUGCUUAUUCCGUCCAUUUCAUCAGUCAAUUGGCAUCCCUUUUCCAUUGCAUCGUAUCACGCCACAUCCCCAGAUACAAUGACCUUUUUUAUCAAAAACUAUGGACCAUGGACAGCAUCGGUUUAUAAUGCAUCGAGUGUUUAUGGUACUUCUGUCGCUGUCAAAGUAGAUGGUGUGUUUGGAUCUCGCAGUAAAGAGUAUCUUGGAUACAAACAUUUGGUUUUGGUUGGUGGCGGUACUGGAAUAGCAGCACUUAUACCUUAUAUGCAGCAUUAUUUAAAGGCAACUGACGGUAAAAUCACAUUGGUUUGGACUGCUCGCAAUGCAUCAGAUAUCUGUGCUUAUCGCAACAUGCUUGAGCUACUGUCUCCCUCUUCAACACUUAUGGAUCGUGUGACGGUACAUAUGCAUCUUACCAGAUGUAUUCCUACUGCUGAGGUGCCAAUAGAUGAUGACGAAAAACUUGAGAGAACUUGCAUAGAUUUGUUUACCGAAAAAGAGUUGGAUGCCAAAAGUGUUGUAGAAAACGAGAGUUCCAUUUUCAUGCAUUCUCACCGCGUUUCUACCUCUGCACUAUCCUAUGGUACCAUUCCUCAAGAUAAGAAACCGUGUCAAACCAUGUUUGGCAUCUAUGCAGCUAUUCUUGCUGUGGUGAUGUUUUCGUGUGGUAUAACUGGAUACAUUCUUGGAAGAACGUUGAUUCCCGGAUACGAGACCCAAUCGUGUCGCCUUGUACCGCAAAAUACACUAUCAUUCAUGGACAAUUUCAUGUGUUGGUAUUACUAUUACUGGGCACCAAUCGUGUAUGCAUGUGCGUUGGCCACGGUUGGCGGGUUGGUUAGUACCACUGCAAUGAAUUUCUAUCGGGGUCGCGGAUCUUUCCAGCGUUAUAUUACCCAGGAUGAAUCAGCCACCAAACCACUCAUUGAAAGCAACACUACACAUCCCUUGAAUGCAGAGACGCUGCAACAAUGGUUUAGCCCAGUUCAAGAGCGACCAGAACUAGACACAAUUCUCAAGGGUGUGUUUAGUCGUUGCAGCGAUAAAGAUACGGACAAAGUAGCUGUCAUGGCUGCUGGACCUGAACACAUGGUACGCGAAGUCGAAAGAGUGACUGUAGAGGGUGGACAGUGUUUUUAUCGGGAAUCAUGGCAGAUUUAA